GGUGUUUUGAGUGGACUUGAGAAGGACCAUUCUCUGCUGCUCUGUGGUUCGUCUCGGCUCGUCUUCGCUGUGUGUGAUUGUGCAUUGAUUGGCAGCGAUGGUGGCACACCUGGACCCGCGGGUGCAGCCGCAAGAGCACAGCAACACGAUUCGUGUCUUUGUCUCAUCCACGUUCACAGACUUUGCUGUGGAGAGAGAUGCGCUGCUGGAACGCAGCGUGCCUGUGCUGAGGCAGAGAGCACGGGAGCAUGGAUUGGAGUUCAGUUUGUCCACACUCCGAUGGGGCAUCUCCCAGCACGUGUCCGAAACGCACGACACCGUGGACGUCUGCUUGCGAGAGGUCUCCACCAUCGUCCGGGAGUCUGCCGGCGUAUGCUUCCUCGGCAUGCUGGGCGACAAGUAUGGAUGGACACCGGCGCCGCUGGAGAUGUCUGCAGCCAUGUUCCAGCUCCUUGACCAGCAUGCAUCUGCAGAGACCAAGACCAUCCUCAACCGCUGGUACAAGCAAGAUUUCAAUGACAUUGGGCACAAGUACGAGCUCCUGCAGUUCCGCGACGACGACACAGCAGAGCAGUGGUCACGCGAUGGGCCUCGCAUCUCUGCUGCGCUUGCAGAUAUUGCCUCCACGUGCGAUCUCCCUUCGCUGGAUCCCCAACUGCGGCAGGAGCUCCAGGACUCGUUCAUGUCAGUGACGGAACGGGAGUUUCGGCAGGCGGAGAGAGACGACACGCGCUUUGGUGACCGCGCCAUGCUGCUGCUUCGAACCAUCACCGACCUGGCACCACCAGCAUCAUCGUCGUCGUCGUCGUCGUCGCAGCAUUGUGGUGUUGGUGCUGGCGAUGCAAUGCGUGCCCGCUACCUCGACGCACCACCAUCAUCAUCUUCUUCAGGCAGCAGUGACGGCACUGCGUUGAACACACGCGCACGCCAGCGUCUCACGGCCCUGCGAGACGAGAUGGAACAGAAGGUGAAGGCGGUGUACAAGCAGUCGCUCGCAUGGGUGGCGAACAAAGGCAUUGAUCAGAACGACCCAGCACACCGGGCGUACCUUGCCGAAUUCUGCGCGGCAUUUGAGGCGUUUGUGACUGCAUCCAUCACUCGCGUUGCCAGCGAGCAGCAGCAAUUACAACUGCAACAGCUGCAGCAACAGCAAGGGCAGUCGGGUGCCGUGCCGCUGCUGCCUCCGCUUGUACUGAGCGAGCUCCACCACCACCAGCGCAUGUUUGCCAGCAAGGGGUCGACCCACAUCGGCCGGGAGAAGCUGGUGGCACAGCUUGUCGCACACGCAUACGCGGCCAUCCGAGGUGGUGAUGACAGUGAUGGUGAUGGUGACAGCGCGACACAAGUGCAGGAAGACGCCACAGCUAGCGGCAGCAGCAGCAGUGGCGGUGGCGGUGAUGGCGAUGGUGUCGAGAAGGCGACGUGCUGGCCGCUGGUGCUUCACGGUGUCUCGGGUGCAGGCAAGACAUCGCUCAUGUGCGCUGCAACACAGCAGCUGUGGUCGAAGCUCGGGUGCACGCAACCGCCCGCGCUCAACCCCGAUGUCGUGAUGGAUGCUGGCAGCAGCACCACCACCACAAGCGCACCCGACACUCAACAGCAAGACGAACAGCAACAGCACCAACAACAACAGCAGCAGCAGCAGCAGCAACAACAAAGACAGGCUGCUGGACGCGAUGAGCCGCUUCUAUUGUAUCGCCUGCUGGGCACGAGCCCCAUGUCGAGCUCCGUGCGCCUCCUCCUGCACGGCUUGGUGGACCAGCUGACCGCAGCCACUCAACCUGACGCUGAUGCUGAUGCUGGUCAUGGUCAUGGUGAUGGUGACAUCGGCACUGCUGAUGAUGAUCACGCCAUGCGCGACGCCUCGUCCACGUCCACAGUGCCAAAGACAGAGCCAUCACCAUCGUCCUCAUCGUCAGCGCUGAGCCUGCGCGAUGUGGUGUCUGCGUUUCACGCGGCGCUGGUGGCAGCGGCUGCCGUGCGCCCCGUGGUGGUUGUCCUGGACUCGCUUGACCAGCUCUCGUCUGUCGAUGCAACCCCGUCUGUCGUGGCGAGCCUCUUUCCCCGCCCGCUGCCGCCAAACGUCGCUGUGCUCGUCUCCGUCAUCACAGACACGCCCGUGUUCUCCGAGUUGCGGCGCAGCUUUCCAAAGGACGCAUCCUUCGUCCCCGUGUCCACCAUCGACAGGGACCUGACACACGCCAUCAUCACACAGCAGCUGCGACGUGGUGGGCGUUGUCUUGCUGACGACCAGAUGCAGGGUGUUCUCGCUGCGUGUGCUGCCUGCCCAACACCGCUGUACGCACGUGUUGUGUGCAUGCGCGCGUUUGCGUGGCGGUCGUUUGACAGUCUGGAGACGACAGCGCAGACGCUGCCGCCAACGUGUGCAACACUGAUCCAGCACGUGUUGGAGGACCUGGAGGCGCGUUUUGGGGUGGACUUGGUACGGGCUGCCCUGGCCUUUGUCACCUGCGCUAAACGCGGCCUGUCCUCGGAUGAGUUGGAGGACGUUUUGUCCUGUGAUGACACCGUUUUAAACGCGGUGUUUGCGCACUGGACACCGCCCAUUCGCCGCAUCCCUCCGCUGCUCUGGGCGCGCAUCCACCGCGAGCUCAAGGACGUCAUGGUGACGCGCAGUGCGCCCGGCGGUGUUGUGCACGCGUGGUACCACCGCUCCUUCGUCGAGGCGUGCCACGAGCGCUACCUCGCCACGCCAGACCUCCAGCACCGCUUCCACGGUCUCCUUGCAGACUAUUUCAUUGGCAAGUGGACGCACGCUGCCAAGGCGUACCUGACACCAGAGGGCGAGCCACGCGAGGCUGUUCGAUUCGUUGCCCCGCAACCGCUCUACUUCACACCCGGUGACGACAGUGGCAGCAGCCACGACGGCCGUGCUGAUGGUGGUCGUGAUGACGCUGCUACUGCUGCUGCUGCUGUUGUCGAUGGUGUCGCCAACGCGCGAAAGUUGGACGAGCUUCCCUUUCAUCUGCACAGCGCGCAGCGCUGGUCAGACCUCGUGCGCGUGUGUGCAAGCAACUACCACUGGCUGCGUGCAAAAUGCGUCGAGUUUGACAUUUUCGAGACAAUUGACGACAUUGAGUGUGCGGAAACGAAUGUGAGCGACGUGCACACAUCCUCGCAGUUGCUGCGGCUUCGGCAACUGCUUCUUCUCUCUGCACAUGUCCUCGCGCACACCCCAGACGCCCUGCCAGCCCAGCUCCUCGCGCGAUGCACCGUGGAUACGCUGAUUGACGCGCCGCUGCUGCAGACCAUCUGCCAGGCCGCCUGGUCCGAUCAAACCGCCCUCGUCCUCCCCGCAACACCAUGCCUCGACGCUCCAGGCGGCCCGCUGCUCCGUUCCUUUGCUGGCCAUGCUGAUCGCGUGACCAAGGCCGUGUUCGUCGGCACCACCCGCCCGCUCAUCCUCACAGCCUCCAGUGACCAGACGGCGAAGGUGUGGGACCCCAAAGACGGGUCUGUUGUGCGGACGUUUGGUGGUUUCAACUGCACGGUGAGCGACGUGACGGUGAAUGCGCGCGAGGAUCUUCUCGCAGCGGCGGGGGACGAUGUUCGCCUCUUCGACUUCAACACUGGCGCCCCAAUCGCAACGCUCAACUGCGACAAAGGGCGUGCGAGCCGCGUGCGCUUUGUGCAGCAGGACACGAAGCUGCUGUGUCUCGCUCGCAACGGCAUCCACAUGUAUGAUGUUGAGACGCACAAUCUCGAACGGCAGUUCCAAGUCACGAAGAUGGACAAGACGCGCGCCAUCCACUUGGACGGGUGCAGAGAUAUGGACGUGAACCACGCCAACACGGAGCUACUCGUUGCGUACAACGACAACUGCGCGCGCAUCUGGUCCUUGAACACAGCGGUGGUGCUGUGCUCGCUGCCACACCCGUGCCCCGUUGUCUCAUGCACAUACACGCGCGGGGACGAGGUGGUGGCAACAGGUGGUGACGACCGAAACCUGCGCAUCUGGCGCCUUGUCGACAAGGCGGAGAUGGCAUGGGAGUGCAUGCAGUCGUUCCGACCAGCGGGGUCAUCGCCAAUUCACGACAUCACGCCGCUGCCUGGCGAUGCGCUUCGCCUCGUUGUCGCCACCUGGGACGUCAACAUCAAGAUCUUCCACGUGAAGAAAGACCUGAGCAGCUUCUCUGAGAUUGGAGACUUCCACGCGCACACAGACUGGAUCAACAGCGCAAAGCCCUCAGCUGACGGUCACUAUCUGCUGACGGCGGGCGACGAUCGGCUUGUUCAUCUGUGGAAUCUCAACAUGGCACUGCAAGCACGAACCAGCACGCAGCGAUCGCAUGAGAGCAAUGGUGAGGGCCGGCAGGAGCAAAGCAAGGAAGGAGAAGGUGAGAAGCCAUCAGCAUCGCCCCCGCCAACCACGGCAGCCACACUGCAGUUCCACGAGCGAGAGGUGGUUGGCAUUGCGAGCCACCCAACGCUGCCGCUGUUCUUCACAGCAUCACGCGACAAGACCGCUGCAGUGUGGGAGGUGAUUCCACUCAAGACGGUGCCGGCACUCGCAGGACCAAGCGCCGCCGAUACAGCAGCAACGACGGCAGACGCAAACGCGAGCACGGACGAGAGCGGGACAGGAGAAUCGGCGAGACCAACUCCAACGCACGAUGACAGCGGCAAGGCGUUGGACGAGGCAUCAGCAGCGAUGGAAGGAGCGAGCGUGGACGCUGACGCGGGAAGCACGUCGUCACCCGCAGUAGAGGAGUGGCAGAGGCUCGUGUUUGGCCGAUGCGGCAUGCUGAACAGCGGACGUGUGUCGUGUUUGAUUGCCACCCCACCCACGCGCAGCGCACACCGCGACAACGUCGGCGAUAACGGUGGUGACGAUCAAACACAGCACGGGAGUCACGCUCAAGGCCAGCGGGAGCGGGUGUUGCCUGAGGUGCGGCACAUGUGCACACUCUCCAACGACAGCAAAGACUGGGUGACGAGCGUGGCCGUGAUGAACAAGGCGCCUGCUGUCAUCUUCGGCACCGAGAACAAGACGCUUCGUUUCCACCGCUGGACGCAGCUGCCGACACACGCGGACGACGCCGCCAGCGGAGACGAGUGCGAACUUGUGUCGCACGUGAUUGACAGCACGUCUGUGUAUCCGCAGGUACAGACGGUCGUGGUGCCAAACCGUGUGUCCGCUGUCGCCGUCUCGUCAGAUGACGCACAUGUGUUUGUGGCGGACCAGCGGGGCAGCCUGCACCUGUAUGAUGCGAGCGGUGUGCACGUGGUGAAGUUCAAGCACAUUGACGAGCGCGUGACGCGCUUGGCUGUGCGUGGUGACUUUAUUGUUGCCGGUUCCUCAGACAAGUGUGUGCUGGUGCUGCACUGGGAGGCAAGCACACAGACGCUGCGCGUUGUGCGCAAGUUUGAGGGCCACAGGGAUGCUGUGGUUGGCGUGUGCUUCCUCGAUGGUUCACACGUGGCGAGCUGCUCCUACGACCGCUCGUGUCGCGUGUGGGACUGCAAGGACAGCGAGAAGAUGACUGUUGUGCGCGGACACGAUGAUGCUGUACUGGCUGUUGCCGCCUCUCCCACGGGUCACGUCUUUGCCACAGCCGGACGCGAAGGGCGCGUCAUCGUGCGCGCGUUCCCUGCGUGCUGCAGGAUUGCUUCAUUUGACGCCGGCUCCCAAGUCAUGUCGCUCUCUUUCCUCAGGCAGCCCAUGCCAACCUUCAUCUACGGGACGUACGGCGGGCGAUGCGGUGUGCUUGAGCUUCUGCUUGCAGACGCGUCCGGUGCGAGUGAGGAGAGUGUACAGGCAGACAUGGCUGCGCUGCUGCACCCGCUCACGCAGGAGGAAUACCAACACGCACAACGGGAGCGAGCGCAGCUGCUGUGCGGGUGGUUCCACAAGCAGGGCGAAGGCAACCGCAGUCGCAAGCGCCGCUUCAUCACGCGCAAGGGACGUGUGCUUGAGUACUACAAACCCGUUGGGGGCAAGCCGCACCACUUCAGAGGAUACAUUGACCUCGACGAGGCCACAGCCGUGGAGUGCCGGGGCGAUCUUCUCAUCAUCCACACUCCACAUCGGGAAUGGAAUCUGCAAGAGGAAGAGAAAGGCAUGGCGGCAGAGUGGGCGGCGUUGUUGCAACCGUACCUGCGCAAUCAAUCAUCAUCAGCUUGAUGCCACACGUGUGCAACCAAUUCCUCAAUGCUGCGACUGUGCACACUUUCAGUUGUGGUUUGUUUUCCACUUUUGCUUGCUGCUUCUGCUGCUCGUUGUUCUUGUGUUUCAUCCUGCUUUGCUUCCUGUUGGCUUGAAUGGCUUUCGUUUUGUUUGUUUCGCUCACGAUGCUGCGACGGUGUGAUGUUCUGAUGAUGUGCAAAUGAUGUGUGUUGUGGGGCGGCUGAAAAUACAAAAAUUGAGAGCGCA